UCAUUUUGCUCCCCUCUUCCCCCCACCCCCUCUCUCUUUCUUUUUCUUCCUCUUAUAUUCUCACAUAGAUCAUCAAAUUCAAAAACCCACAAAAUUAUUCUCUAUUCUUCCAAAUUUCUCCUUACUCGCUCUUCUCCAAGUACCACCUACAACAAUCCCUUCAUUUUCCCCUUCUCUGCUGUUCUCUGGUUUUCUCUGUUUCUCGUGCUCCAAUUGUACCAAUACAGACUCAUAAUAUAGCACAUAUAGAUAUUCAUAUAUUCUCUGCGGGUUUUUUUUUUUUUUUGUUUGUUCUCUGAGGUUGCCAAGAUGAGCGGUGGUGGGUCCAAUGUUCCAAUCCCAAGCAGUGUGAGGAAAAUGAUCCUGAACAUCAAGGAGAUCACGGACAAUCACAGUGAGGAGGAGAUUCACGCAAUGCUCAGAGAAUGUUCUAUGGAUCCCAACGAGACAGCUCAGAAGCUCCUUCUUCAGGAUACAUUUCAUGAGGUCAAACGGAAACGUGACAGGAGAAAAGAGAAUCCAUACAACAAAGAGUCUGCAGAAUCACGAUGGAAGCCAGACAUGCAGGGGCGAGGGGGUAGGAGUGGUCGAGUGAAUGUUGCACCUCGUCACGUGUCACAUGAUACUGGUGAUGGUAGGAAUUCUGGUCCUGGAAAGGAGAAUGGAAUCAAUCAAGCUGCAGAGAAGGCUGCCAUUCAAUCUUUACCAACUUCUCAGGACUCAAAAACUAAAGAUAAAAGUCUGGUAACAAGCUCUGCACCUGUGAUUGCCAAUGGCCCCUCUGGUGGUACUGAAGAAGGCUUAUCUUCUGUUCCUAUUACUAAUUUGGGGACUGCACUGCCUCCUGCUUAUGCAAACAAAAACUCUACCAUUACCUUUGCAACCGGGGACUCGCACGGGCAGCCCUCACCAAGUUCCAGUAACUGCUCAGUGUCAACAACACCAUCCUCUUCAUCUGCAAUCUGUUUCUCAUCCUUGGACCCUGUACUGGUUCCAUCUAAUGAUUCACGGCUCCCAGGUGCUGCGGGUGCAAUUAAACGUGAAGUAGGCAGCAAUCGACCUCCUGGUGAACCAAAUGAAAUUAUCCUUGCUGAGAACAAGUUAAAUGCUGCCUCUGAGUCCGAGAUUGGUAGCUCUUCCAUACAAGGUAAGGUGCUGAGCAAGUCCCGAGGAGCAGCGAAAAAUCAGCUUGCCGAGUCUUCACAACCUUCAUCUACAUUAAAUUAUAGCAGCUCAUUGGUUACUCGACCUUCAUCUAAUUACAACAGCCGGUCACAUCAAAUAAUUGGCCCUCAGAAAGUUGGUUCUAAUAAGGAAUGGAAGCCAAAGCCAACAAAUUUUAAUGUUGUUCAAGGUUCCGGAACAGCUGGUGCAGCUGCUGCAUCUGAGGCUCCUAUUGUUUCCGUUGAAGCUACUGAUCAGACACUGCCUGAAACUUGUGUCCUUGAUGUGGAAGAAGCAACUUCAAAGCUGCAGAAGAAUCUGAAGGAGUUACAUCUUCCACAGCGUCAACUUGUUAUACUUCCAAAUCAUAUCCAUGUCCCUGAAUCUGAAAGGACCAAGUUGAAUUUUGGAAGUUUUGGUAGCUUUGGAGUAACUACAAGUUAUGUCAGUGGUCCUGAGACUGACAAGAGCUCUACAUCUCUUUCUGAAGCUUCAGAGGAUGUUGGAGAAACUGUGGAGGAACAGGCCUCAAGCAAUCAAAAUGCCUUGGCAACUGCUGAGGAGGGAGAUUAUCCUGAUCACCCGCAAUCACCUACAAAUGUACGAGAAAGUUUAUCACCUGGUAAUGAUGUCUCAUCCAAUGCAAUCCAGGAGUAUGAUGAAUCCAAGCAGAAGACUGCAUUGCCGCCUGAAGGCCAUCAAUACCCAGGGGUUCAUACUUCCCCAAACUACAGUUUUGGUUUUGUGCCUCCAAUGUUAGGGACUCAGCUUGCACCGUUCGAAAACUCUGAGUCUCAAGCACGUGAUGUUCCCCGUCUUCCAAGCUUUGUUGGCGGUGUCUUAUCUACAGCAAGUCCAACACCGCUGGUUACUCAGGCUGCGGGGCUCAUGCAAAGCUCAAUGGCUGUGACUCAGCAGCCAGUUCCCGUCUUUCGACCACCUGCUGGGGUUCAUAUAUCCCAUUAUCCUCCAAACUAUAUUCCAUAUACCCACUAUUUUUCUCCAUUCUAUGGUCCACCACAAGCCAUCCACCAAUAUUUGGGCAAUGGCGCAUUUCCUCAGCAGCCUCCUGCUGGCAGUGUAUAUCCAGCUCCACCAGCUGCAGCUGCCACCGGGAUCAAAUAUUCACUUCCACAAUACAAACCGGGACCUAACACGGGAAAUCCAGCACACAUUGGAAUGCCAAGUGGUUAUGGCCCUUAUGGCUCCUCCCCAGCGGGCUAUAAUCCCAAUUCUGCUGCAACUGCUGGAAACUCGACCAGUAAUGAGGAUCUUACUGCGUCCCAGUUCAAGGAGAGUAAUGUAUACAUUAGUGGGCAGCAGAGUGAAGGCUCGGCUGUAUGGGUUUCUGCACCCGGACGAGACAUGUCCAGCAUACCUACCAGUUCAUUUUACAACCUUCCACCUCAGGGACAGCAUGUGACUUUCACCCCAACACAGGCUGGCCAUGGCACCUUUCCUGGUGUCUAUCACCCAGCUCAAGCAGUAACGGCAGCAAUGGUUCACCCACUUCUGCAACAGUCCCAGUCCAUGGCUGGAGCUGUUGAUAUGGCGGGACCCGGCGGUAGUGUUUAUCAGCAGCCUCAACAAGCACAGAUCAAUUGGCCAAGUAACUACUGAAACAUGGGCCAAGUUUUCUUUUUCUUUUUUAUAAACAUAAAAAACAAGAAAUUCAAGUCCAAUCUUAGGAUUUUAUGGGGGAAAUCCAACAAGUUUGGAUGGAGGGACACAUCCAGAAGAUACGAUGUUGACUGGAUUUGAGUAUGAAAUCCAGUAAAGGAGGCUGCAAAGUUAUAGCAGUAGUAUCUUCUGAUUGCUUGGGUUGAGGACAUAAAGGUGCUGUCCACAUGUAACCGAUAUUGACUAUUUUUAAGUUAGUCAAGUUAGUCAUGUGUAGGUCUUCUCUUCUAGCUGCUGCUAUAUGGUUUCACCGUUUCCCCAUAUUGAAUAGUUCCUUUUCCCCUCA